AUGCCUUACAACAAACAUGGAAUGCCAUUCGCGAUUAGAAUGGUGAGAGUGAUUCAGGAGACGUUCAUGGAAGAACAUGACUCUAGUACUGUUAGAUGGUACGUUAUGGCUGAUGAUGACACUGUAUUCAUGAUUGAAAAUUUGGUCAAUGUGCUAUCAAAGUAUGAUCAUAUGAAAUACUAUUAUGUUGGGAUGAAUUCAGAGUGCAUUGUGAGUAAUUUUGGAAUGUCAUUUCAAAUGGCAUUUGGUGGUGGUGGUUAUGCAUUGAGUUACCCUUUAGCACAAGCUUUGGCAAAGAAUAUGGAUACUUGUAUUAAGAGGUAUCCAUAUUUGUAUGGAAGUGAUCACAUUUUACAAGCUUGUAUUGCAGAUUUAGGAGUCACCAUUACACUAGAAAAAGGAUUUCAUCAAGAUGGUAACAGAGGAGAAUGUUGUGACAUUAUUCAACCAAUUGGAAUGGACUCAAUGGCCAUCAAACUUAGGACUUGUAUGAAACAUGAAAUUAUUGCAUGA